AUUUGUGUCAAUGGAAAGGAAAAAAUUAAAAAAAAAAUGAAGCGUGAAAUGCAAUGUGCGACCAUUUCAGAGCGAGUUUCUCGCAAAUCAGAACCCAAUCUCUAAUCUGUAAGAUAGACAAGUAGAGAGAGAAAGAGACGACUAUGGAGAUGAUGCUGCUGGAGAUCAUUGUUGGUGUCCUCGUCCUUAUGCUGCUUUUGAUUCUCCUCCUCAUCUUCCUCGCCUGUAAACCAUGGCGCUUCUUCUUCUCCUCCCGUUCUCCCACCCUCAAGACUCGAUUAAGUGGAUAAAAGGUGAAAGUAAGGAAUGGAGUUCAAGAAAUUUCAACCCUAUGCAGCAAGCGCUUGGCAACUUUUAUUUGAUAUUUAUCAAAAAUGUUCAAGGCUAGUAACUGCUUCUGGAGUAGUCAAGCAGCCAAAUGUAUAUGGUUGGUGACUUAGAUAGGCCCCUUGUUUCAGAUGAUGUGGAAAGCAAUGAAUUGGCAAGAAAUUAUGAUCUAGAGGGAGCAUGUUAUCAAAAUGAAGGGCCAUUGCAUUUGUCCCGACCAGUAGGACUUGUUCAUAAACAGAGGCUUCCUUCUACAUCAGCCCAUUUGAUACAAGAUGUAGUUUCAGAACCUGCAGAGGAAAUUUCAGUUGACCAAACCUUUAAGUGUAUAUUUCCUGCUGAGCACCUAGCUGAAGUGCAGAGACAUGUUAGACAGGAAGAUCAAAGUCAUAUAUUGGGAUUGAGUCAGGAAAAUGAUCCAUUUCAGGAAUUUGUGCCCAAGGUUAUCAUUGAUCAAAGAAGCUGCCUCUCUUUGGAGGUCAUUUCUGGUCCUUCUAGUGGGGUCCGUUGUUCUGUACAGUCAACAAGUUCUUCACGGCUUCCGCUGACCCUUGGAAGAGUUUCUAGUGACUUGUUGUUAAAGGACUCAGAGGUUUCUGGGAAGCAUGCAAUGAUUAAUUGGAAUAUGGAUAAGAAAAAAUGGGAGCUGGUAGAUAUGGGCAGCCUAAAUGGAACACUUUUGAAUUCACAGCCUGUCAAUCAUCCAGACUCUGGAAGUAGACACUGGGGUGACCCAGUUGAGUUAACAAAUGGAGACAUAAUAACACUUGGCACAACCUCAAAUGUAUAUGUUCAUGUUACAUCUAAAUCUGAGAACGAGACACCUUUUGGUGUAGGUAUGGCAUCAGAUCCCAUGGCUUUACGUCGAGGAGGAAAGAAGCUUGCAAUGGAAGAUGUGUGCUAUUAUCAAUGGCCCCUUCCUGGCAUUGACCAGUUUGGAGUGUUUGGUAUUUGCGAUGGGCAUGGCGGAGUAGCAGCUGCCAAUUCUGCUAGCAAAAUGCUUCCUGAGAAGGUUGCCAAUAUUUUAUCAGAUUCACUGACAAGGGAGAGAGUUUUAUCACAAUGUGAUGCUUCAGAAGUUCUCAGAGUUGCAUUUUCUCAAACAGAAGCUUCCAUGAAUAAUUAUUAUGAGGGUUGUACUGCAACGGUGCUUCUGGUUUGGGCUAAUGGUGAUGAAAAUUUCUUUGCUCAGUGUGCCAAUCUUGGUGAUUCAGCUUGUGUUAUGAAUGUUGAUGGGAAGCAGAUUAAGAUGACGGAAGACCAUAGAGUAACUAGUUAUUCUGAACGACUUCGAAUCAGUGAAAUAGGAGAACCAUUGAAAGAUGGGGAAACACGGCUUUGUGGCUUAAAUCUUGCUCGGAUGCUUGGAGACAAAUUUCUGAAACAGCAGGAUGCCCGAUUCAGUUCGGAACCCUAUAUAAGUGAAGCUGUGCAUAUAAAUCAAGCAAGUGGGGCCUUUGCACUGUUGGCAAGUGAUGGCUUUUGGGAUGUCAUUAGUGUUAAGAAGGCAGUUCAGCUUGUGCUUCAGAAUUUGGAACUUUUAUCUACACAGACGAGGGAGAGAUACUCUACAGAUGGAGAGAAUCCUGCUGAGAAGAUUGCUAAUUUUUUGUUGAGUGAAGCUAGAACACUACGGACAAAGGAUAACACCUCCAUAAUUUUCUUGGAUUUUGACAGCAAAUCUAGAUUAUCUUCUUGUGAACCUGUAUCUUGAUAUAAGUUAUGAGUUUUUGGUGUACAA